CAAAAUGGGGGCCCUGCCCCCGGUGAAACGUGAAUAUCGCCAAGUGACGGCGGAGAAGCGAGGCCCGCCCUGAUCUAAGAUGGCGUCGCCCAUGAGGGCAGUGAUGUUGGGCAGCCGAACGCUGAGAUGUCUUCGGGUUACCGGGCUACAGAGGAGCUACGUCACGGUCAGCGGCAGGAGGGACGUAACAUUCAAACUCGAUGGGAAAACAGCCCACAGUAGCCUGGACCUGUUCAAGAAGGACACAGGAAUAAUCUAUCACAUGCUAGGUAUUGACCCAUCCAAAAUCCCACAGAACCCUGAACGUUUUCGAGAAUGGGCUGUAGUGCUGGGAGACACUUCAAUAUCGAGCGGUCGCCAUUACUGGGAAGUGACCGUGAAGAAGUCCAAUGAAUUCCGCUUAGGUGUCGCAGAUGCAGAUAUGUCCAGGGAUGAAUGCAUCGGAGUCAACAACCGUUCCUGGGUCUUUGCCUACAGCCAUAAAAAAUGGCAUGGCAUGGUGGCAAAUAAAACAAUCCCCAUCACCAACAUUGGCCAUCCAAGCAAAGUGGGACUCCUACUGGACUAUAAUAAUAGGAAGCUAAGUCUUGUGGACUCUGACAAGGGUUCCCUUAUCCACACUCUCAAUGCAGACUUCCGAGGGCCAGUCUUGCCUGCGUUUGGUCUGUGGGAUGGAGAACUUCUAACCCACUCAGGCUUGGAUGUCCCUGGCAGUCUUUGAAGCCACCAAGUCUUCUCAGUCAAGUGCCUCUCCAGUCCAUAUUAUAUUCUGAUCAACAACUGGACUUCUUUUUGUUGGUGAUGGGUAUCCAAUGUAUUGCAGUGUUCAAGCUUUGUUUAUGCAGUGCUUUACCUUCUACAAAAGUCCAUCUGUAUUCAGUGUUCAUAUACAAAUGGAAAUUGUUCUAGUAAUGUCUGUAAUUAAAAGAAAUGCACAACCACGAGUGAUA